GUGGGAGUCAGUGAGUGGGCAGGAGGGGGGCGGAGGGGAGAUUAUCCUCAGUGCUGUAGUUUAAUGAAUGGAGAAUGUAGCUGAAGCACGAUGGCUAAACCUACAGCUGCAGAGAUUCCAGCGUUUGACUGUCCCUCAUGGGCAGGUAAACCACCACCAGGACUACAUUUGGAUGUGGUAAAAGGAGAUAAGCUAGUUGAGAAACUGAUUAUUGAUGAAAAGAAGUAUUACCUGUUUGGGAGGAACCCGGACCUCUGUGACUUCACCAUUGAUCAUCAGUCGUGUUCUCGAGUGCAUGCUGCCCUUGUCUACCACAAACAUUUAAAAAGACUUUUUCUUAUUGACCUCAACAGCACACAUGGCACCUUCCUCGGACACAUUCGCCUGGAGCCUCACAAGCCUCAGCAGGUUCCUAUUGACUCUACUAUGUCUUUCGGGGCUUCCACACGUGUCUACACCAUUCGUGAAAAACCCCAGAGCCAGGCUAAUGUGGGGACGGGGGACAAAGCAGGAGAUGAUGAGGAACUGAAAGGACUGCUAGGUCUUCCUGAAGAAGAGACUGAGCUGGAGAACCUGACCGAGUUCAACACUGCGCACAACAAACGCAUCUCUGUUCUGACAAUAGAGGAGGGGAAUCUGGAUAUCCCAAGACCCAAGAGGAAAAGGAAAAGCUCCAGAGUGAGCUUUAAUGAAGACGAUGAGAUUAUUAAUCCAGAGGACAUUGACCCAUCUGUUGGACGCUUUAGAAACAUGAUACAAACUGCUGUGGUUCCUAUGAAGAAGAAGAAAAUGGAGAGUGGUAAUGUUUUGGGAAUAGAAGACUCAAGGCAUGUUCAGAGUUUUGCCUUAAGAGCAGGCCUGUACGGAGACCUCCCACCCACAAGCCAUGAUGCCCAUUCCACAGGGGCCGCUGGUGGAGCCGCCAUCCUGGGAGGACUCCCAUUACCCAACCCUGCCCCCGAGGUGAACUUGGCCCCAGAGCCUCCUCUGCCUCCUCUUAUCCUAAAUCCCACCCCUGUAAUGGGCCCCUUUGCUCCAGAGGGUCUCAAUGAGCCUCGCAAGAAAAAAUAUGCCAAAGAAGCAUGGCCUGGCAAAAAGCCAACACCAUCGUUACUUCUGUAGCUGCCUGUGGGACUCAAGUGUGAGACUAUUGAUGAACUUUUUGAAUACUUUGUGUUUUCUUCUCUAUCAGUGGGCUACCAGACAUUCCCUUAAAGGUUACUUUGACGUUGGACAAACAAUUCUUACACAUGUAGAUAGAUUUCCAGUGAGGGCUAGAAGCUAAAGAAAUGGGUGACCAAAUUGGGUUUAAAUUCAGUGCUACAUAAAUCCUUUUAGGCUUGCAACAAUUAUUGGUAGUUUUAUAUAAGGGCAUCACAGAUUCAUAUUGCAGGAAAAGGUGGUUAUUUAGGCACAUAAAAGACAUUUAUAUAAAAAAUAUAUAUUUUUGAUGCCUGACUUCAGUCCCUAGAUGGCAGUAUUCCCAUAAGGCUAAACUCUCUCCACACUAGAACACAUUGAGGUAAAAUAAAGAAAAACAAGAAGAACUUUUUUUAUAACUUUAGGAUUGUCACACAAUUCUUGAUUGUAUCCAGAUAACAUUUUGUCUUUUGGUAUAUUUUUGCUUUUAUAUCAUGAAAUACACUGACAAUAAACUUCAAAGUCAGUUUUA